AUUAGACCUGACCUGGCGUCACACUGCUGAUUACGUCAUCCACCAGCGAGGCCGAUUACGUCAUCCACCAGCGACAGACGCUUUCUGUGCGACAUUUGUUUACAGCACACGAUGGCGUCGGUGGAUUUGAGAGACAACAACCUCCUGGGGAUAUCGUGGGUUGAUAGUGGCUGGGUGCCCAUCCUCAACCCUGGCAACGUACUGGACUAUUUCUCCGAGAGGAGUAAUCCGUUCUACGACCGCACCUGUAACAACGAGGUGGUGAAGAUGCAGCGGCUCACUCUGGAACAUCUCAAUCAGAUGGUUGGAGUGGAGUACAUUCUCCUUCAUGCCCAGGAGCCCAUCCUCUACAUCAUCAGGAAACAGCAGAGACAGUCUCCUACUCAAGUCAUCCCUUUGUCUGACUACUACAUUAUAGCUGGGGUGGUGUAUCAGGCUCCUGAUCUGGGAACAGUUAUUGGAUCCAGAGUGCUGUCUGCUGUCCACGGUGUCCAGUCUGCCUUCGAUGAGGCCAUGUCGUACUGUCGCUAUCACCCAUCUAAAGGAUACUGGUGGCACUUCAAAGACCAGGAGGAGAGAGAUGCUAAAGCCAAGCCGAAGUCGAAGAAGAAAGAGGAACCCAGUUCCCUGUUCCAGAGGCAACGUGUUGACACACUUCUACUCGAUUUGAGGUCCAAGUUUCCUCCGAUGUUUUAUCAGCCUAAGCCUGGUGAGAAGCCCAUCCCAGUGGAGGUGAAGAAGGAGACUGAACCCCCUGUAGAGCUGGUGAAACAGGAAGAGAGAGAGAGAGAGCCAGCCACCAAGACCUCCGCUCCAGCUCCCCCCAGCAGCAAACCACCUCCAGAGAAACGGGCCAGGCUACAGUGAUGGCCACUCCUGUAUAUAUUUCUGAUUAUGUCCAUCCUUCAAUGAAAAUAACAAGGAAAAAAACAAACUCCCAUUGCUCUUGCCAGUAUCACCUUUUGUUAAUUCUAGCUUAUAUGUGAGCCUCUUGGCCUUCGUCAUGAUGUCCAUUCUCACAUUGGCAAGGCACACUGAAAGGACAUAUGGGACAGGUACAACCCUACCUGACUGAACAAGGCUAAGGAAGUGGUUUGUGUCUGAUGGAAGGUGUGUGGAAAUGGACCGACAUCCCAGUUUCCAGACCUAACAGACCAUAACAACCCAUCAUCCUGUUUCUGAAGGGCUUGGAAUGGCAUUAGGCAAAUGAAUAGUCACAAAUGGCAUCCUAUUCCCUACAUAGUGCACUACUUGUGACCAGGGCCCUAAUAGGCCCUAGUCAAAAGUAGUGCACUAUAUAGGGAAUAGGGUGCCAUUUGGGAUGCUGGCAUGAGCAGACGAUAUGAGUUGUCUGUCCCAGUACCAGACCUCGUGGGACAUUCCAUCCAUGUUCUAGAACUGUCUAGUUACUGGCAACAUGUACAUCUUACUAUCGCUCCAAGACUUCUCUCUGUGAUGACGCUAGAGGUGAGAGGUUAAGGACCCGAGUGGAUUUGCAGUUUUUUUUUUUGGGGUAACAUGGAAACUGAGAUCACCGGUAAAUCUCUAUGCACUGUUGACAUCAGCAGUAUCUUACUCAGUCGUGACUGUGGGGAGACUUGUUUUUUUGGGGGCGUUAUCUCUGAAACAUAAAUACACAUCCACACAAUUAUUUUUUUCAUGUAAUUGUUUUUUUCCACGUCAAGUGAUCCUGAAUCCAUUGUCUGUUUUCAUUGGGAAAAAAAACAUGUUUCAUGCUUUUCUGAAUAUAAUCAUUUUCAUAAAUUCUGCAGUGACUUGA